UGCGCCCCCCCCCCUCGCCCUAAUGUCCGAAUGGAGCUCUCUUCUUCCCUAUUUCGAUCCCUAAUUCUCCUUUUCAUUUCCUUGAAAUCCAUGUUUUUCCUAUAAUUUCACCUGAUUUCUCCACCCUCGUCAUCUUUGAUCGAGAGAUCUAGAUGCUGAAGUCCUAAUUUCAUCGAAAUCCCUACUUUUGUUUUUUCUAGGCUGGUGUUUGAUUGAGUCUUUUCAAGUUGGAGCUCCGAGCGGUCCGAUCUGAUGGAGAUAUGAGAGGAGUGGCUGAGUUUCGAUUUCGAAUUGGUAGCAGUUGCUGUGUACCACUCGCGAGAGGCUAGGGUUUUUCUGGAAGAUCGAUUGGCUUGGAGUUUGACCCUUUCAGAGUGCAGAUAGAUUCUCUAAUGAUUCAUUGUAUGUGUUCUAACCUCCUCAUGUUCACUGUUCAGUUCUCAGAACUUUCAAACUGAAAUGGAAAUUUGAGUAUUAGUCUGAAACCUUUAUAGAUUCAGUUUGAGAGCUUAAAACUGAAUCAUAGAAGUAGGAAUCAACAACAAGUUUGCCUUUCUAAGCCAACUUGUAGAUAUUCAAAAUGCAACCCAGAGUGCGAAUUCAUGCUGACCCUUCCCCAGACCUUGACGAGUUUGAUCGAUUACCCGACUCCUUGGUUCUUCUAAUUUUGAACAAGGUAGCUGAUGUUCGCUCUCUUGGCCGAUGUGCCGCUGUCUCAAGGCGUUUUAACAUGCUUGUGCCUCUUGUCCAUGACAUUUAUGUUAAAAUCGACCGGGUUGUUACUGUUGAUGGUGAUUCGGAUGAGGGGCUGAAUCCAUCUUCUCCAAAACCCCGGAACCUCUUUUCCCACUUCCUAAAACUUAUGCUCUUCACUCUUCUUAAACCCUUCAAUCACCUUCGUAACACCAACGGUGGGAACAAGCCUCUCUUUCCACAGCUCUCCCAUCACUCUCCUGCACAAGUGCUUAAGAAUUUCACCCAUGUCCGCAAUCUUAGAAUAGAGCUUCCUGCUGGUGAUGUUGGAACAGAAGACGGAGUACUUUUAAAAUGGAGAGCAGAGUUUGGGAGCACUCUUCAGAACUGUGUGAUCUUGGGUGGUACCCGGAUUGACUGCAACCCUACAAGUGAUCUGGAGCCUUCUGUAGAAGAUAAUGGGAGCAUACCGGAAUCAUUUUACACUAACGGAGGGCUGAAGCUGCGAGUAGUCUGGACUAUUAGUUCAAUGAUUGCUGCCUCAACGAGGCAUUAUCUUUUGCACCCUGUAAUUAAGGACCACCCUACUCUUAGGAGCCUGGUAUUGAUUGAUGCAGAUGGACAAGGGACUCUGAGCAUGGGUGUGGAUCAGCUGAAGGAUUUCAGGGAGAAGCCAUUAUCAGCCUCAGCAUCAUCGAACAGGACUCAAAUUCCAGCAUCAAGUAUGAAGUUAAGGUAUGCUCCAUACUUGGAACUUCCCGGUGGCAUGGGCGUGCAAGGUGCUACGCUUGUGGUGAUCAAGCCCUCAAGCGAGGGCAGCAAUGGAAAUAACAUUAGUCGGAAGGAUACCGAUGCUUUUGUUUUUGGAGCAUUUGAUGGGCCUUUCAAUUCUGCAGUUAAGGCACUCAUGAAGCGUCGGACUUAUCUCUUGGAAAUGAAUGGUUUCUAGCCGUAUGGAUUUGGUGCUAUUCCUGCAGCUUGCACUGGUUCAUUUUGCCGUCUUUCGAGCCAUAUACAUGCCAAGCUCUGGUUUGGUGCCAUUAUCUUGGAAUCUACUUCAUACAUAUGAAGUUGUGGACUUCUCUUUCUUCUAUGUUGAGGUGUGUAAUAUUUAACUGUUUUGUGUUGUUCUUCUAUAUGUACAAAAAUAAUGACCUGUUAGAUUUUCUCCUUGCAUAUAUGAAUGGGUACUAGUGAUGGUUUCACUAA